AUGCGGUCGUCUAUGGUUAUAAUUUUUAGUUUAAUGAGUGUUGUGUUGUGUCAUGAAAAAAGUUAUAUAAAUUUUGGUGGGUUCAUUUGUCCCCGUGAAGAAAAGGCUCUUGGAAAAUGUCUGAAGGAUGCAUUAAAUACAUACAUUCCACAACUUGCCGCAGGUAUACCUAAAUUAGAUAUACCAUCAUGUGAACCACUCCUAAUUCGGUCUCUCUCGGUCAAGCAGACGACUGGACCUCUAUCUGUAACCUCCUCCUUCUCAGAUGUUUAUGUGAGAGGGCCUUCCACUAUGCGGGUAAAAAGUAUUGACAUCCAUGCCAAGGAUCAUGAGAUAGUUGCCAGACUAUAUAUUCCAGAGUUGAGGAUGAAAGGACAAUACACAUUGAAAGGAACCCUUCUGAUGAUACCAGUGGAAGCAAAUGGAGACUUCACCUCUAAAUAUCGUGAUAUAAAUGCAACAGUUACUAUAACAUUAGGUAGAAGCAAAGUAUUUAAUGGUCUAGACACUUUAUCCUGUGAAAAACUUGAUGUAAAUUUCCAGGCUGGACAAGUAACAAUGGAUCUGGAGAACUUAUUUGGUGAUGAUAAAGAUUUAAGUAAAACAAUGAACAAUUUCGUUAAUGAAAACUGGCAGAGUAUGUCUGGAGAUUUUCAGGCCCCAAUAGAAGAGGCUCUACGUGACUUCCUAAAGCCUUUGGCAGAUCAUGCCUUCGCAACUCUGUACGCCAAUGACAUAUUUUUAUCACAAUAA